CACGCCUCCACUUCCGGGUUACAGGCAACGGAGCCGUGGAAACAAAACAGAGAAACGAGAAUCAUCUAAAGUCCGUUAUUGUUCUUCUGUCCUCCGCUUCGACUCUGUUUUAUGAGCCAGCGGGUAAGUGAAGCUGUCGAGGAGACAUUUGGACAUUUAGAGAAAACAAUAACAGAGAUGGACCGAGGAGGGAGCUGUUUUACCACCGCGGCUAACGUGCUAACCUUUUCUGUUACGUGCCACAGAAGACACAACCAAAGUGACCCACCAGAGCCUGGAUGUGUGGAUAAACAUUGUGGAAACUUUCUGGAUGUUUCACCUGUCAUCUCCCGUUAGCUUAGUUAGCUUUUCAUUUGUUUAAAAUGUCUAAAGUCCAGAUGCUGAGAGGUUUUAUCAACCAGCGACUAACUGCGGCUGCUGAAGAGAUAUUUGGGCUGUUUGAAAGAACGAUAUCAGAGUACGAGGAGGAACUCUGUCGUUCCAAAGAGGAGAACCAGAGACACAGGAAACUACUGGACGCUGUUUUCCAGCCUGAAGUCCGGUUACACAGAGCAGACGUCCAGCAGCUGUUGGUGAGUAAAGAAGAGGUUCCCCCUGAGCAGCAGCAGUGGAGCCCCAGUCUGGACCAGGAGGACCCACCAGAGCCCCUGCACAUUAAUGAGGAGUGGAGCCCCAGUCUGGACCAGGAGGACCCACUAGAGACCCCACAUAUUGCAGGAGGAGAACAGGAGGAACUCUGGACCAGUCAGGAGGGAGAGCAGCUUCCAGGGCUGGAGGAGGCUGAUAUCACCAAGUUCCGAAUCUGGGCCUCAUCACAGGACGUCCAGCAGCUGUUCGUAAGUAAAGAAGAGGUUCCCCCUGAGCAGCAGCAGCAGAGCCCCAGUCUGGACCAGGAGGACCCACCAGUGCCCCCACACAUUAAAGAGGAACAGGAAGAACUCAGGACCGGUCAGGAGGGAGAGCAGCUUCCAGGACUGGAGGAGGCUGAUAUCACCAAGUUCCCAUUCACUCCUGUCCCUGUGAAGAGUGAAGAAGAUGAUGAAGAGAAACUUCAGUCCUCACAACUUCAUCAAAGCCAAACUGAACAGAUGGAAACAGCAGCUGACGGAAAGGACUGUGGAGGACCAGAACCAGCCAGGAACUUUAAUCCAGAUAGUCAUUUACAACCAGCUACUCAUGACCAGACUUCAGUAUCCUCUGAAUCUGAGACUGAUAACAGUUGUGACUGGGAGGAGACCAGGGGCCCUCAGCCAGGUUUGAACCCUCUGCAAAACAAAGUACCUGUAAGUGAUCAGGAAUGUAACACUGGAGAAACAUCAGUUAGCUCCUCUGAAUGUGCUACAAGCUUUGGCCACAAGGAACAUCUGCAGAACCACAAUGGAACCCAAACGGGUGGGAAACCACUUAGUGGCUCAAAACCUUUCAGCUGCUCAGUUUGUAAAAAAGGUUUCAGUCGGAAAACCACUUUGGUCGGACACCUUAGAAUCCACACUGGGGAGAAACUGUUUAGUUGUUCAGUUUGUGCCAAAAGAUUUGGAUUUAAGGGAAAUCUUGAUCAACAUUUGAAACUUCACACCGGGGAAAAAUUAUGUAUUUGUUCAGUUUGUGGUAAAAGAUUUGCAUUAAAGAGAUAUCUCAGGUCACACAUGAAAGUUCACACAGGGGAGAAACCGUUUAGUUGCUCAGUUUGUGAGAAAAGUUUCGGUCAGAAACAGCAUUUGGUCCAACACAUUAUCAUCCAUACUGGGGAGAAAAAAUUUAGAUGCUCAGUUUGUGGUAAAAGAUUUGCAGAAGUGUUAAGGCUGAAUCGACACUUGAGAGUUCACACUGGAGAGAAACCAUUCAGCUGCUCCGUUUGUGGUAAAAGAUUUUCACAAAAGGGAGUAAUGAGACAACACUUGACAGUCCACACAGGGGAGAAACGAUUCAGCUGCAGCGUUUGUGACAGAAGAUUCGCUUGGCGUAAUCAACUCAAAACACACAAAUGUGUUGAUGAGUCCUCACAUGGAAACCAACCUGGGGAGAACAGAGAGGCAGAGGACUGUGGAAGACCAGAACCAGCUAGGAACUCUAAUCCAGAUAGACUUUCACAACCAGAUACUGAAGACAAGACUGAAGACUCUUCUGAACCUGAGACUGAAGACAGUGAUGGUGACUGGGAGAAAGCUGGAGAACCUCAGUCCUCACAGCUUCAUCAAAGCCAAACUGAAGAGAACAGAGACACAGAGCAUUUGAAAACAGAAGAUGAUGGAGAGGUUUGUGGAGGACCAGAACCAGCCAGGAACUUUAAUCCAGAUAGUCCUUUACAACCAGCUACUCAUGACCAGACUUCAGUCUCCUCUGAAUCUGAGACUGAUAACAGUUGUGACUGGGAGGAGACCAGGGGCCCUCAGCCAGGUUUGAACCCUCUGCAAAACAAUGAAGUACCUGUAAGUGAUCAGGAAUGUAACACUGGAGAAACAUCAGUUAGCUCCUCUGAAUGUGCUACAAACCUUGGCCACAAGGAACAUCUGCAGAACCACAAUGGAACCCAAACGGGAGGGAAACCACUUAGUGGCUCAAAACCUUUCAGCUGCUCAGUUUGUAAAAGAAGCUUCCGUCAGAGACACAAUUUGAUCAGACACGGGAUAAUCCACACUGGGGAAAAACCAUUUAGUUGCUCAAUUUGUAAAAGAAGUUUCAGUCGGAAACAAUAUUUGGAGCAACACAUGAUAAUCCAUACUGGGGAGAAACUAUUUAGUUGCUCUGUGUGUGGUAAAAGAUUUGCAUUAAAGGGAUAUCUGAGUUCACACAUGCAUGUUCACACAGGGGAGAAACCAUUUAGUUGCUCUAAACCUUUCAGCUGCUCAGUUUGUAAAAAAGGUUUCAGGCAGAAAACCACUUUGGACAUUCACCUGAGGAUCCAUACUGGGGAGAAACCAUUUAGCUGCUCCGUUUGUGAUACAAGUUUCAGGCUGAAACACCAUUUGGUCAGACACCUGAGAAUCCAUACAGGGGAGAAACCAUUUCGUUGCUCCGUUUGUGGUAAAAGAUUUUCACAAAAGGGAACUAUGACACAACACUUGACAGUCCACACAGGGGAGAGACAAUUUAGUUGCAGUGUUUGUGGUAAAAGUUUUGCUUUGCUCCAGGCUGUCAAAAAACACAAGUGUGCUGGUGAGAGCAGCGGAAAUAAAUAAAUUCAUGUA